ACUACACUUGGGACAAGGCUCGUAACAGGGUGGGCCCCUCGAGGCGAAGGGAACGCUAUAUUGGGAGAACUUUCACGGCGGGAAAUACUGUCUACAUCGCUUUCCAAUUAGUCUCCCUUUGGACAUCAAAAGUUGACACGGCGAAUAAGAUUGUCCCCUUAUUUUCGACGCUGCUGUAUUUGGCCGGGGUGGGAUUCACGUAUGAAUGGGGACCUGACAUGGCAACCAUUCAGUUGAUCAAUGUCGUUCUUGGGGAAGAUGGAAAUGGUGUAAAUUCCGGUGUGCAAUUAACUAAAACUACUGACACGUGUAAACAACCUAUUCAGCAUUCUGGUGACAGGGACCGAAUUCAUCAUUCCGUUCGGGACUGCCCUUAUGAUUCUGAUAUUUCCUUGCCAACUUCCCUUCCUUGGGUCCGCUAUUCUACCCAGGAAUCAGUGUGACACACCCAUUCAUGCAGCAGGCAUGUAUUUUGCCGGUGUCAGAAUUCUCUUGGCUAUUUUCGAGAUGAAACAACUCUUAUACAUGAUUCUGUCGGGAGGCUUCUACUCCAUUUAUACUCUCAUGGCGGGAACAAUCCAUUUGUGGAUCGAGCUGAAGAAAAUUUGUGAAGAUAACACGGUAAAAUUCAGCAAAAGGUAUAGGCAAGUCCAAGUUUUUGAACAGCUCUUGAAUUCAUGCACGCGAUUCCGAAUCUUUCCCGUCUUCGCCGCGACGGUUCCAGGCAUCCAAAUUAUUACGACGUACGCAUGCGUGAAGCACUUCGACGCCAUGCAGCUGACCCAUCUGCUCGUAGUAUUUUUUGGGAUGGUGGAUGGCAUCCUUUUCAACAUGGUGUUGUUCACCGGGUCGGCAAAACUUUACUCGAAAAGUGCCGAUUACUUGGACGGAGUUAGGAUCAGGGCAAGGGGGAAAUUGGAGACAAGAUUUGCAAGAUCCCUGACCCAGGUUAGAUUGAGGUUUGGGAAUAAUUUCGUGGACGAGUUGACACCGCUGGUCGUGCAGCAUUUUUGCUCUAUACAAAUCGUUAAUUUGCUAUUGUUGGGGUAAAAUAACUUAACGGAUUCAAUUCAU